AUGGAUCUCCUCUCCUCAAUCCGCAAAUCUGGAUCCCGGGGCGGCGUCAACUUCAGCUGGGAGGACGUAACGACGUCGCAACACCGAGAGAACUACCUGGGGCACUCAUUGAUGGCGCCCGUGGGGCGAUGGCAGAAGAACCGCGACCUGAGCUGGUAUGCGAAAGCCGGGGAUCACGCCGCAAGCAAGGGAGAGACAGCGGAGGAGAAGCGCGAGAGAGAGCGGAAGGAGGAGAUUAAAAGGAUCAAGGAGGCAGAGGAAGAUGCGCUUGCGAGGGCGCUAGGGCUCCCAGUACCGGACCGGAGC